AAAUCGAAAAAAUUACGGAAUUUAAAAUAUAUUUCUAUGCUGUAUUUUUUGCUUUUUUGUUUUGUUGGUUUGUUUUUGCUGGUUUGUUUUGAAUUUCGCCGAGUUUAAAACGUCAAAAUGGUAACUGUAAAUAGAAAGAGAAGACAAGGACAAAUGUUCCAACUUCCCUAUAGUGUACUGUGGUUUGAACGUGUCCAUUGUGAAGUAAACUAUUAAAUUUUUUUUGACAGCUUGUGAGGUCUGAACAAAAUAAAACAAACUUCUGUUUAGUAAAAAAAAAAAAAUGAGCGAAAAGAAGAAAUGUAAAAAAUCUAAAGAAGAAAUCGCUCGCGAAUUCGAUUUACCAGAGCGUAAAAGUAAAAUUGCCACUAUAAUGAAACAGGAUGGACAGGCUUACUGCAUCUGCCGCUCUUCCGACUGCUCUAGAUUUAUGAUAGGGUGUGAUGGCUGUGAGGAAUGGUAUCAUGGUGAUUGCAUUAAUAUUACUGAAAAAGAAGCGAAACAUAUUAAACAUUAUUACUGCCGUAAAUGCAAAGAAGAAGAUCCUAGCUUGCAAACUGUAUUUCGAGCUGUCCCAGUUGAGAAAACUUUGGUUCCAGUUGGUGCAAUAAUAACCCCACAAGUUAAAAAAAAAGUCAAAGAAAAAGGAGCUCCCGAAUCAAAAACCUUACGCUGUGGCACAUGUGAAGGAUGUAAAGCAUCGAAUUGCGGAACGUGUGAAUUUUGCUUAGUUAGAGUGGGACAUAAACCACGUUGUGAAAGAAGACAGUGUGUUCAACAGCACCAAAAAAAAAUUAAACCCAAACAGGUUAAAGAUCGUACGAGGAAACGAAAACGAUCAUUGAGCCCAGAAAUAUAUAUUAAUCCGGAACUAGAAGGAUUAAGACACUGCUAUGGACCAGGCUGUAGAAAAAAUGCGAGACCGCAGUCAAAGUAUUGCAGUGAUGAUUGUGGAAUACUUCUUGCAACCAAUAGGAUUUUCCAGGUCCUACCACAGCGCGUUCAAGAAUGGGGUCUUUCAAGAUGCCGUGCAGAGGAGGAAAAUAAAAAACAACUUGAUCAAGUUCGAGCAAAACAAGCCGUUGUUCGUUUUGCCUUGGCCGAGCUUGAUAAGCGGCACAACGAACUUGAUUUGAUAGUCCAAAGAGCAAAGCACUGCACGCUUGAUCUUCACUCACAAGACAAUACCGAUGUAGAGGAUGAGCAAUCUAUGUACUGCAUUACUUGCGGACAUGAAAUUCAUUCUCGCACUGCUAUAAAACAUAUGGAGAAGUGUUUUAACAAAUAUGAAAGUCAAGCUAGUUUUGGAAGUAUCUUUAAAACUCGUAUUGAAGGCAAUUCUAUGUUUUGUGAUUUCUACAAUCCAGCUAGUAAAACUUACUGCAAAAGGUUACGAGUUUUAUGUCCUGAACAUUGCAAGGAUGCAAAAGUUAGCGAUAAUGAUGUUUGUGGUUGUCCUCUAGUAUCAAAUGUUUUUAACUUGACUGGAGAGUUUUGUCGUGCACCUAAAAAGAACUGUUUCAAGCAUUAUGUAUGGGAAAAAAUACGUCGCGCUGAAAUUGAUUUGGAACGCGUCCGACAAUGGUUAAAAAUGGAUGAAUUACUUGAACAAGAAAGACAAACGCGUGCAACAAUGGCAUCAAGAGCAGGAGUUCUGGGUUUAAUGCUACACUCAACGUAUAAUCAUGAGGUAAUGGAAGAACUUGUCCGACAGCAACAAAAACAAAUGCAAAAAAAACAACAACAACAACUUGGCAAUCAACAACAGUAUAACAAACAACAUUCAUCGGCCAUAAAUAAAAGAAUUCAAAAGUACGGUGUUUAAUUUAUUCUUUAAGUUGAAAUAAAAAAUUAAUUAAUUAAAUAAAAUUACAAUGUCAAAAAAAAAACAGUAAACUAGUAUUUAUCCUAGGGCUGAUAUUUUGAAUAGA